AUGGCUACUAACAGACCUGAUAUCUUAGAUUCUGCACUUCUAAGACCUGGUAGACUUGAUAGAAAAAUAGAAAUCGGAUUACCAAAUGAUAGUGGUAGAAGAGAGAUUUUAAAAAUACACUCUAAAGACAUUGCUGGUAGUGAAAAUAUAGAUUUUGAAGGGUUGAUCAAAAUGACUAAUGAUUUUAAUGGUGCUGAUCUAAGAAACGUUUGUAGUGAAGCAGGAAUGAUGGCACUCAGAGCUGAUAGAGAUCAUGUAAUUCAAGAUGACUUUGUUAAAUCAGUAAGAAAAAUGUCAGAAAGCAAAAAGUUAGAAUCCAAACUUGAGUAUAAAAGGUAA